AUGAAGUCAUCUACAGAACUAGACAGUGAAAAGUUAAUGCUGAGUACCUCUCCAGACAUAAUAGGCUUCGGACUGAGUGAAGCAGAGUUGUCAGUGGGUGCAAGGCAGAUUUUCAGUGACUCGCUACUCCAAUACAAGACUGACAUUUUUAACAACCAUCCAGACAGUAGAGAAAAAUGUGGCGAAAGCUUCAGGCACACUCAAUCAGAAUCAGAGGAGAACGAGGAGGAGGAAAGAGAUACAAAGAAGCCGCUGUUGCCCAAGAUAACAAAUGUUAGACAGAGCCGAUAUUUUUCUAUACAGCCGGCAAGUGAUAUUCCCUCAACUCCUCGUUGGAUUAAACAUCGGACCUCUACCAGCGAAGCAAUGCCAGCUCAGUCUACAAUGAAUGAAAACCUUCACGAGUUAGUGGUUGGCCUCGAGGAUGAUUCAACAUUACAUAAUCGGUCCGGAGCCGGUCCAUUAAAGUUGGCCACUGAGCAGACUCAACUGCAUGAAACUGGAACAGGUGCGUGCCGUGUAACGGUUCAGCCAGUAGGUAAUUUAGCACGAACAGAAAAUGGUUAA